UAAAUAGGAAGUCUUGUUUCCAAUCCCAAUGCAAGCAGCAAGCGAUGAGUACUUUAAUAAAGCCUCAGAAACAGAAACACGAUUGCUAAUUCAAAAAGGGCGGCAACUCUUACGUAACUUUUAUCAGAUUAUUCAGAGCAAUUUGACAUAACAGCUGAUAAGAGAACAAAAAUAAAUAAGCCAAAGUAUAACCUCUAAAUAGCACUUCAAAUCGAUUUCUGACGUAAACACUUAAAAACUCUUUGCUGGAAACUCGAAACGAUGAAUUUUAUCAAGCCAUAUUUGAUAACGUCAACCAAGAGUGCCUUUCGAUCAAAAACAUUUCUCAAAACGACAGAAUUCUUUGCCGGCGCAAGAGGUUUUUCGGUUGGAUCCCAAAGAAACAUGAAACUCGUUCAAUUUGUCUACAAAAAUGAACCAAAUGUUCUCCGAGCCGGUUAUUUGGAGGGAAAUAAUGUGGUUGAUGUAAACAAAGCAGAUAGUAGCAUACCAUGUACUAUGAUAGAGAUUUUAAAAAGCAAUUCUCUUGAAAAAGUCAAAAGCCUGAAAUCAAAGAAUCCAGCUGCAAUUCCUCUAUCGGAAGUUCUGUUAGCCGCUCCAAUCACUGGCAAUGACAAGGUCCUGUGUGUAGGACUUAACUACAAAGACCACUGCCAGGAGCAGAAUCUGACUCCGCCUGAAGUUCCGAUGAUAUUCAGCAAGUUUUCCAGUACGAUCAUCGGGCAAAAGGAUGCUUUGAAACUAAGGACUAAUACUACUGAUAAAGUGGACUGGGAAGUCGAGCUGACGGUUGUGAUCGGGAAACCCUGCAGCAACGUGACGGCGGAGCGCGCUUUCGACUACGUGCUGGGGUACACCGUGGCGCAGGACAUCAGCGCUCGUGACUGGCAGAAGACCAGGAACGGUGGACAGUUCCUGCUGGGCAAGUCCAUGGACACCUUCUGUCCCAUCGGCCCAUGCAUCACGACGUCCGACGAGAUCGGUGACCCGCAAGCCCUGGAUAUCAAGUGCAGCAUCAACGGCGUGCUGAAGCAGACGAGCAACACAAACCAGCUGGUGCAUAAAAUACCUGAUGUCAUCGCGCGGUUGAGCAGCGUAAUGACCCUCUACCCCGGCGACAUAAUCCUCACCGGCACCCCCGGCGGAGUGGGCAUGUAUCGCAGCCCCCCGGAGUACCUCAAACCCAAUGACGUCAUCACCAGCGAGAUACAGAACAUUGGGGUGCUGGAGACCCGUGUUGAGCGGUUCUGUUAGUGGACUAGAGCAGUAUUUCCCAACUUUUUUCAGCCACGGUCCCCUAGAAAAUCAAGCACAGUUUUAAGCCGUGCUAAGUAAGCGUAGCGAUUAUGAGACAUUAGCAUUUAUCUAUGGUUCAGAGACGAUACCGCGGACACCUAGGGGUCCGUGGACCACAGUUUGGGAAACACUGGACUAGAAAAUCUUGCCCUUUACUAAUAAAAAUAUUUACAUAGUCGCGUAUAUUGCACAAAUUGUUCUGUGAUGCAGUCAAUU